GUUUAGUAUCUUUAAUAUAAUUAUCAUUAUUAUCAGUACUAUGACAAAUUUACCGGUAUAUUUAUUUACAUAUAACUGUAAUAGGCAGAAAAUCAAUUCGGAAAUCUUUAUUCCCAAAUUUGAGGAAUCACUUCCUGCGGAAUUGGCUACAUUGUAUGUAUUUGGUUUACAAGAGUUAUGUUCUAUAUUAGAUGGGAGUUUUCCACAAAUAGCCAAUCAACAUUUAAUUGGAUAUAAUGAAGUAUUUCUUAAAGCACUAUCAUCUAAAUAUGGUAAGAGUGAUAUUAAAUUUCAAACCAUUUCAUUAUAUCAUACCGGUUCAAUUGGAUUAAUUUUAAUUACUCCUUAUCCCCUGAAAUUUAAACAUGUACUUUGUGCACUGAGUUCUUGUGGAUAUGGAUAUUCAAGUUUAAAAGGUGCGGUUGGUACCAGACUCACUUAUGCGAAUGAUUGGAAACCAGGUUCAGCCACUGUAGAUAUUUCCGUAGCAUGUGCGCAUUUGUCAGCUAACGAAGGGGAAGCAUAUUAUCAACAAAGGAAUGAAGAAGUUUAUGGUUUAAUGAGAUCAUUAGAUUUUGGGGAUGGAUAUGGAUUAAUCAAGCCAGGAUCUCAUACGUUCUUUUUGGGAGAUUUGAACUAUCGAACUUCCAAAUCGUAUGUAGCUAGUUCACCUCUGGCUCAAAGAUUAUUAUCUUCUCAAGAUCAAUCAAUUAUACUUCGUGAAUCAUUUACUGAAUUAAUUGAUACGUUUGAUGAAUUAACUAUAGCAAAACGGAAUGGAGAUGUAUUUACGGGAUUUUCAGAAGGUUCAAUUGAAUUCCCUCCAACUUACAAAUAUCAUAUUAAUACAGCUAUCUACAAUUCUAAACGAUCACCUUCAUGGUGUGAUAGAAUUCUUUAUCAAUCUACAUAUCAUACAAAUUCAGAACUUGUACCUCGGUUAAGAUCUGAUGAACAAUCUCCUCAUAUUAAACUCCCUGUAGUUAAACAUUAUUCCAGUAUUAGUUCAAUACUUUUAUCAGAUCAUCAACCUGUAUAUGCAUUUAUAGUUGUACCUUUCCAAGCUCCUAAAUCCAUUAUUAAUUCAAGUGGAUAUUUGAAAGUGUUACCUAAUAGUGAUCAGAGAUCAGAUACUCAUAUAGUUAGUGGACCAACUCAAGUGUACAUUCUCCCUACAAAAUUUGAUUACAUUAUACAGAAUUAUAUAAGACAUUUACUGGACUUUUUGGUAGGUUCAAGUUUAUGGUUAAGUUUUACUAAAAAUGGAAGAAUAUUACUUUUAGUAAUAAUAGGUAUAUUAUGGUAUUUGGUAUACGUCUGGUAGUGCGGCCCAUACAAUUUUUUUUUUUACUUUCUUUCUUUCUUUAAUAACUGCAAAGGUGUAUUUUGAAAAUAUAUAAAUAGAUCUGAUACUACAAGGAUUUUCAUUUUUAGACUAUAAUCAUAACGUAUAUACAUAAGUUCCGUGCUAUU